AUGCACUUCCUUCGCUCCCUCGUAGCGGGAACCUUUCUCGCUGCCGGUGUCUUUGCAGCCAAGAAGACCCCCGAAGAGCGGUUCAACGACUUCCACGCAAAGGCUCUCACCUCGUCCCCGAUCAAGCUUGCCGAUACUAGCUACAAGUCUUUGACUUCUGCUCCCCGCGAUUACACCGUUGCCGUUCUCCUGACAGCUCUCGAGAACCGAUUCGGCUGCCAGCUGUGCCGGGAGUUCCAGCCGGAAUGGGAUCUUCUGGGUAAGACCUGGACCAAGGGCGACAAGAAGGGCGACUCGCGCCUUCUCUUCGGUACUCUCGAUUUCUCUGAUGGCCGUGAGGUCUUCAUGUCGCUCGGCCUCCAAACCGCACCCGUCCUGCUCCUGUUCCAGCCCACCAUCGGCCCUCACGCUGUUGCUGCCGCCGAUCCUCUGCAAUAUGACUUUACCAGCGGACCUCAGUCUGCUGAGCAGGUCCAUGCCUGGCUGUCGAGACACCUUACUAACCGACCCCACCCUCCGGUGAAGCGCCCGAUCAACUGGAUGCGAUGGAUUUCUAGCAUCACCAUCGUCCUUGGUCUCGGCACUGUCCUCGUCACUGCCUCGCCUUACAUCCUGCCUGUCAUUCAGAAUCGCAACUUGUGGGCCGCCAUCAGUCUUAUUGCUAUUCUGCUAUUCACCAGUGGCCACAUGUUCAACCAUAUUCGCAAGGUUCCCUACGUGGCUGGAGAUGGCCGGGGUGGUAUCAGCUACUUUGCCGGUGGUUUCCAGAAUCAGUUCGGUCUGGAGACCCAGAUCGUUGCCGCUAUCUACGGUGUCUUGGCUUUCUGUGCCAUCUCUCUCACCGUCAAGGUGCCCCGCAUCGGCGACAACAAGAGACAGCAAGUUGCUGUUCUGGCUUGGGGUGGUGUCCUGUUCAUUAUGUACAGCUUCCUUCUCAGCGUCUUCCGCAUCAAGAACGGUGGCUACCCCUUCUCCCUGCCUCCUUUCAUGUAA